AUGCCGCGCACUCCGAGAGACAGUAGUGCGAAAGGAGGAGCCAUCGCCGCUGUCAUGGCCGCGCCGAGACAGGUGCCGACGCGACUGUGCGCCACAGCGCCAGAGCACAUAGGGUGUGACCCAGAUUUCAGGAAGAAGGCAGAAGAAACCACAGUGACAGCAGUCAACCUCCUGUCGGAACAAGUAAACAUCAACGACCGGCUCGUUGCGUACAUCGACAGAGUGCGCGAGUUGGAACCCGAGAACAGCAGGCUCACGAAGCAGAUUGAAACGAGCCAGGAGAUCCACACUCGCGAUAUGACCAGCGUCAAGAGUCUUUACGAAAGAGAACUGGCUGAAGCCCGGCGGGACGUUGAUGACACGACCAAUGAAAGAGCCAGGCUUCAGCUGGAAGCGAAAAAAUGGCAAACCAAUACUGAGGCUCCGCAGGCAAAGCUGAACAAAAGGGAGCGUGUGUGGUCCACAGCAGGGCGACGUGCGACAACUUUGGAGUCUCUGGUUCUCGACCAUCAGGGACGCCUGAACCAGGCUUUGACACAGCUUAAGGAUGCCGAGAAUCAGCGGGAUGCCCUGGCAAAAGAACUCGAGCGAGUCAAUAAGGAAUUGCAAGAUCAGAUCCUGCAUUGCACAGGCCUCAGCAACCAAGCCAAGCGGCUGAUUGAGCAGCUGGACGUACAGAAGUCCUUUGAUGAAAAGGAACUGGAGGAUAUGCGCGUUGUCAAACAGACCGAGAUCACAGAAAUCGAUGGGCGUCUGAAGGAGAACUUUUAG